GGGUAGUUAAACUGGUUAUUCAUUUGUCAUAUGGCUCAGCUAAUAAUGGGGAUGAAAAACAAAGGCAGAAAGGAGGGGAGAGAGUAAAAAGGAACCAGACAAGAUUGUCCCAACCCGUAUUCUGCAGAAGGGCAGGUAUCCAGAGAGACGGAGCCGGGCAGGAGAAUGGAUCUGGUGUAUUCCCCCUCUGUGUGCCUAUUGCUGGCUGCAGCCGUAUUCAUUCUGCUUUAUGCUCUGAGAGAUCGGAUGAGAAGACCUGCCAAGAAUUUCCCAUCAGGACCCCCAUCACUCCCAGUGAUUGGACAUUUGCACAUGAUCAACCUCAAAAGGCCCAGUGAUGCACUAAUGAAGAUGUCAAGGACACAUGGCAAUAUAUUCCGGAUUCAGAUGGGGACAGUGGAAAUGGUGGUGCUGGCAGGGUAUGAGGCUGUGAAGGAAGCCCUUAUUGACAAUGCAGAAGUAUUUUCUGAAAGACCUUUUGUCCCAGUGUUUGAAGACAUGCACCAGGGAUACGGGAUUCCAUUCUCUCAUGGUGACAACUGGAAGGAGAUGAGAAGAUUUACCCUUUCCACAUUCCGUGACUUUGGCAUGGGCAAAAGAACGAUAGAGGAUAAAAUCAUCGAGGAAUGUGGCUUUCUGAUUAAAGAGAUUGAAGUUUAUAAAGAUGAGCCUGUUGAGCUUAAAGAAUUCAUUAGCGUUGCCGUUGGCAACAUAAUUUCAUCUAUUGUGCUCGGGCACCGCUUCGAUAAUUACCAGCACCCAACAUUAUUGAGAGUUUUGGAACUUGUUCAUGAAAACUUCAGACUUCUUGGGAGUCCUUCUGUUAUAUUAUACAAUAUAUUUCCAAUUAUGCGCUUUUUCCCCGGGGAUCACAAGAAAAUCAUGAAAAAUCUGGAAGAGCUGCAUUGCUUUCUGCGGGAAACAUUUCUCAAGCACCUCAAAGUCCUUGAAAGAGACGAUCAAAGAGGUUAUAUCGAUGCAUAUCUUGUCCGGCAACUUGAGGAAAAAGGGAAUCCUAAGUCUUAUUUUCAUGAACAGAACCUAUUAAGCAUUCUGGCAACUUUAUUUGCUGCUGGAACAGACACAACAAUCGCCUCUAUCCGCUGGGCAAUAUCAUUUAUGGUGAAAAACCCUCUCAUCCAAAAACGUGUUCAUGAGGAAAUAGAUCGGGUGAUUGGAUCUUCUCAACCUCAAUUCCAUCAUCGCAAAAGUAUGCCCUACACCAACGCUGUCGUUCAUGAAACGCAAAGGGUCGCCAACGUAGUGCCCAUGAAUUUACCCCAUGCAACCACAAGGGAUAUUAACUUCAGGGGUUAUCAUCUGCCAAAGGGAACCUACAUUGUCCCAUUACUUGAGUCUGUUCUCUUUGACAAGACACAGUUUGAAAGAGCAGAAGAAUUUUACCCGGAACAUUUCCUGGAUUCAGAUGGGAAAUUUGUGAUGAGACCGGCCUUUUUGCCCUUCUCAACAGGAAAGAGGAUCUGCAUAGGAGAAACACUGGCCAAAAUGGAGCUGUUCAUAUUCUUUACAAGCCUCAUGCAGAAGUUCUCUUUUCACCCCCCUCCUGGGGAUCCAAACUUUGAUGUCAAACCCGCUAUCGGUUUAACAAGCCCCCCGCUUCCUCGGAAACUCUGCAUUGUGCCACGCUCAUAAGUAAACAAGAUCCAACUCCAUUAGCCUUGAAAAUGUAUAUUUAACUUUUGCAUUCGUGGGGGGGGGGGGUUAAUUUUUUUGCCCCUUGUAUAAACAGGAAGACAUGGGACUGGAUUAGGUUUAAUGGAAGUAUCUGGCACAUAUAGCCACGUUCCUUUUCCUACUGAAAUGAAUGGUGUACCAUUUGCACUGUUUGCAUUGGCUACAUCGAUACUCCUUGGGGCAGAAAUAUCAUUUAUUGAAAAGUAUUUAUCAAAGGGUGAGUUAUAACUGUCACCUAUUGAUAAAUACUUUUCUGAAAAUCCCAUAGAAAUGAAUAGAACUUGGGUGAGUUUUUAUGUAUUAAGCUCUAAACUCACAUUUUGAUAAGUCUGCCCCCUUGUGUAUAGAAUGUAAUGAGAUAAGAAAUAAAGGGUAAGAUACCUAUUCAUUUAUGUAUUACCAAUGGUUUUCUUUUAUGUAUCCAUGUUGCACUUUCAGUUGUCCCAAUGUAUAAUGAGAUCUGUUAUAACAUAGAGAUAUUUCGAUAGUCUUUCCCUUUUAUUAUAUUUGUGUAAAUAUGGUUUCAAUAAAAGAACAUCAUUAAAGAGAA